AUGGCAAUGGGUGGAUCGCGUGAUGAUGUUAUUAUCUGGUUAUUAUUAUGCGGAAAACUUUUAAGAAUGAGCACAGCGAAAUCACACUAUACCAAUUUCCUUGAUCGCAUUAUGAAAGGACUCUUUGGUGAUCCCGAUAAACACGUAGUGCAAUGGCCCAAUACAGCUUUAAACGAAAGCAAGACAAGAAAAGCCGAAG